AUGGAGCAGACAGGCUCGCUCAUGCUGCCUCUCCGGCCGCAGACAACCAAGACCUCAAAAAAGGAUAACCUACCCAUCCGCAUAGCUCAAAUCAACGCCCAGCGCGGCUCGUUUCGCAACAUCACUGAACAGAGUCUCCAAGACGAGAUAAAAGCACAAAAAGAGAGAAGCAAAGACAAGCUUGAAGAGGAGGAAGAAGAAAGUAAAAGUCAGGAAAACGUGAACGAGGUCGAUGCGACCGAGCGUCAGGAACUGCUGUAUAAGCGACGAGCGGAGAUUAUUCAAUUCGCGGCUCAAGCGCAUAUGGAAACUCAAUUUGCGCUGGAUUUCAUAUCACUACUACUCUCGAAACACGCCCCCCGCCAAGCAGAAACGAGUAUAUCGCCCUACCUCAAACAAAAUGUCCCCAUGGGCUCGCUGAACAUCGAUGUCGUCAAAGCACCUCCAAAGUCCCAAACAGCAUUACGCGAUACACAAAAUGUGGCUCACGGAUGGAAAAUAGAAAGCUUUAAUGCUUCUGCAAAUAGACUUCUUAAAGCUGCGUCGCGGUUGGAGAGUGAAGUUGCGGCGGAGACAAAGUACUGGGAUCAGGUUUUGUCUAUCAAAGAUAAAGGUUGGAAAGUGUGUCGACUUCCGAGGGAGAGACAGGUGCUUGGUGUGCAGUAUGGGUUUAUGGAGGCUGCACCCACCUUUCGUGAUCGUGGCCUGGCUUCUUUACGUCGUGCUGAUGAUGGCACGCUCGUCUUGGAUAAAGGGCUGGUACCUUCAAGGGCGAGAGCUGUUCGGGUACGGGUGAAGAAACAGGGCAAGAUCACAGGGAGUUCGAGCUUGUCGCGAUUCGUUGCCGCUGCUGUAUCUGAUGAUUCUGUGGAAAAGACUAUCCUACAGUCGCGAGACACACUAUUUGAAGAAGAACUAUUUCACGAACUUACGCGCGAAGCACGGGUCUUGGUCAGCUCAGGCGUGACAGCACACAAAGACCUGAUUGAAUUUGAGUACGAAGCAGGCGAGCAGAUUCUACUUGAACUGGCCGAUGUGGAUGAUAACCCCGAGAAUGACUCAGAACCGUCCGAGGGUAGCACUGUGAAUAAUAAUGAAGCCGAAGCAAUAGCAUACGCUCUACGGAUCUUACUCUCAUAUGCACAUCGACAAAACUUACGACGACGAAGUCAAUUUCCCCCUCCACUCACAAACCAGAAACGACCGACACCACAAUACCAACUCCUCCGUCCUAUUCUAUCGUACAUGCAACAUGACGCGCAUGUGCGUUCUUUACAGUCUUUUCUACAAGAUGUUUAUCAAGUCCUUAAUUCCGCUGGUCUUGCGUCAAAGUACACAACCUCGAAAUUCUCCUCCUUACAAUUCAAGUCCAGCGCAGAUGUAUCUUCAUCAACAUCAGUCGAAACAUUGCUCAGCCAGUUUAUGGAGCCGCUUGAAUCACGAUUCUCGGGAUCUAUGGCUAAUCCUACUAGUACAUACAACAUUCGCAUACACACUACUAUGCCAGAUACAUCAUCUCGCCAAAUGGCUCUAGGGACGGAUUAUGAGUUGACAAUCCGUCUACCGAAUUAUCCAUACACACAACCUCCAUCGCGAAUUGGACUCAAGCACGAAGUUGAGCUAUUGCUUUUGCGUCUGUUUACUCUUGAUUUGAUCACAUACAUCUCAUCAAUAUCUUCCCAUAAUGCGGCUGCAGCCAGAGGCGGAGAUUUUACCAAAAAUCUUUUACUCUGGGAAUCACCAUUCCCGCAUCACGGCGAACUUUCCGGCGUGACGCAAGACGGGAAAGCAGUGAAACAGCUAGCCAUCAACCUGAGUCGAGACAGUCUAGGUCUGUGUCUAAAAUCUCGCAGCCAACAUGACGACAAAUCAGACACGAAUGAAACAGCCAAAAAGGAAGAUGAAGCCAUUGACCACGACGAAGAUCCUUUCCAGUCAGAAUUUGUGGUUGGUCCUGGUGGAUUGCAAUAUACGCGUCCACCUCAGAGACUGGCAGGCGGAGAGGUUGUGCAUGUCUGGCGACGUGAGGAUGUGAAGGGUGCGCCGAAGACGUUGGCUGAGGUUAUUCGAGACAUUUCCUCUAUAUAAACUACCUUUUUUGGUUUUGCUCUGAUCUACAUGUCAUGUAAUGAUAAGUAUAGUGUCAUGGCAAAUGAAGAAAGAUUAAUGACAAACAAUCUCAGCUGAUUCUAUAUUCGUUUGUGAUCAACCUCCAGGACAAUAGGGCGCAAAUUGAGGUUGGUCAUGUGAUGCAAAUGCAAACGAGGGUAUAAAUCUGGGCUCUCGUCCUCGUCUCUCUCUUUUCCUU